UUUCUUCUGAGAUGAUGAUGCCUUUGAGCUGUUGAAGGCAGGAGACUGGAGCAGUGGUGCAAAGAAUACGAUGCGAACUGCGCUGAGAUAGGCCUGGGACGGCACACAUCCCAGGGGACGAAUCACUCCGAAAGUGUGGCCGAACACAGGCACGAUCGCUCACCCGCGACGGGAGAGCGAACCAAAUUCUACAAGAGGCAUGAAGUCCGGCAGCAAAAUUCACUCGCUACAAGUCACCACGCACGAGGAUCGCAUCGCUAAUUCUGACAGGCUCUGCGGCAGGCAACAAGACGCCCUCGAAAAAGGCACUACCCGCGACGGAGACCUUCCGCGAGCUCGCGGCGGCAACAGCACGACCCGAGACAUAGCGGCAGCACCAGCACAACACGUUGACCUAAACCCUGAUGACCUCAAGGUAGAGGUUCCCGGCCUACGCGUCCAUGCGCCCUGGCCGGGGCUGCACGGGGCAUGCGAAGGAUGCGGCACGCCGAGCGUAAGUGGACUGGGGUCGGGCCCGACCGAAUGUGAACAUUGCCACCGGCAGAUCCCGGGCGGCGAGGGAGGGUUCCGGGGAAAAUCGAAAGCACCGGCCGCCGCUGCUGUGGGAGGAGAAAAAGCAGGAAAAGCCGGCGUGGUGGCUGUAACGUCCUCUCGGAAGGUUGCCCUCAGCGAUGAGCGAGCGAAAGCCCUGGCCUGGGCGGGGGGCGCGAUGCUGACGACCUCUUCGCUGCUGUUGCUUCUGCUGCUUGUUACUUGGCGAGGUAUCCCCUUUUCCCUGUUUUCUGCGUUGUCGCCCUGGUUGGCGAUCUACCUGCCGAUUCCCCUCGGCUUCCUCAACGGGGGCUGGUCUGUGCACUGUGCCAAAUCCGGACACAUUCGGCACCACAGCACCGGCUCUUGUGCGUCACGCGGCGGGAUGUGUGGGACGGCCUGGGGGUGUUCGGGGCCCUCCUGCGCCCUUAACCUAGGGCUCGACCUCGGAUUGCUGAUCACAGCGGUGCUUGCUGCUCUACCUGCUGGAGCAUCGGCGAGGGGAUGCGACUACAGCUGCUUCUGGCUGCUCUGCUUUCCUUGCGCGCCUGGCGGCGGGGAGGGCAUGGCUGCGGCCUUGGUUUUGACGGCGCUCGGCCUAGCGUUUGCGACCGGGUUCAAGAUGUGGAUCAUGGCCCCGGCACUUGUGUCAGGGCCCAACAGCGAACAAGACUUUUUGCCGUGGUGAAAUGGGCGAGUAGCAAGAGAAAGAGGCUGACCGAUCGCGUGAUUUCGGAUUGUGGGUUUGACGGUGAACACAUCUUGUGUUCGUUUCCACAAAGUUCCUCAGCAGUGCAUUUACAACAGAGCAAGAACGAUAUAUAUGCCUGGCUACUGUGACAAGUGGGAAGUCCCCACUAGGCAUGUUUUGAUUGGCUGAUAUUCCGGUGUUAUGAUGGUUCGGAAAGUAAGACCCGCGCCGUCUGAAGUAGUUGGUAUUACAAUCUCUGGCAGACGAGUUACUAGACUUUUUUUUGUUCAACGUGAGGUUUGGUUGUUUUCUUUGUGCGUGAGUUACUGUGAUGGUCUCCCGGUUUAUAUAUUCUGCACUACUACAUAGCUACAGAGGUUGAGGUAACAUAUAUAUGCGUAGUUCGGGGGAGGCUAGCCCCAUCAUGCGGAGUCACUAGUGCUCACGAAGAUGAGCUGCUUUUCUCAACGACUGCGAAACACUCC